AUGCUAAAUAACCCGACCGACCGACCGACCGACCGGGGCUCCUCCUGCUCAGUAGUUGUGGUGCUCAUUGUGGUUGGCGUGGUGGUGGUGGUGGUGGUGGUCAGGUGGUGGUCGUCGUCGUUGUCAUACGUGAUUGAGCCGCCUUCCGGGGACGCGAGCGACGCAGAGGGCGGCGGCGGCGGUGGCGGCGGGACCAGCACCACCGCCGCCAACAUGGGCGGCCUCCCCAACGCCAACCAACACGACACCCGCACGUAUCGCGCCGAAAAGACAUACGCCGUGACGUCGGGCAAGUGGUACUACGAAUUCGAGGUCCUCACGCCGGGUUCCAUGCGGGUCGGCUGGGCCCGAGUGGCCAUGCCACCUGGCCUGGGCCUAGGCGCCGACGACAACGGCUGGGCCUACGACGGCUGCAACGAAGAAAAGCUGUUUGGCGGCGCCGCCGAGACCUACGGAAAGCAAUGGGCCGCCGGGGACGUCAUCGGCGUCCUUCUCGACCUCGUCGAUCGCACCAUCAGCUUCUCGCUCAACGGCGAGCUCAUGAUGGACGCCAUGGGCGGCGAAACCGCCUUCUCGGACAUUUCUGUGCCUGCCGACUCCCCGGGCUUCGUGCCAGCGUUCACCUUCAGCGUGGGACAGCGGGCCAAAGUGCUUUUUGGCCAGGACGUGCAGGCCCUGCGGUUCUUUUCGUCCUGCGGGCUGCAAGAGGGCUACCAGCCGUUUUGCGUGAACAUGAAGCGAGCCGUGACUCUGUGGUACAACCGGGACUUGCCCAUGUUUGAGAAUGUGGACGACGUGGCGGUCGAAGGCGCCGGGAGUCAGCAGGUGUCGGCGCAGCUCGUGGCGGCCGGCGUGAUUGGCACUGCCGUGGAGGUGACGAGGAUGCCGGCGGGUUCGGAUUCUCCGCCGAGCUUGAAAAUAUCGCACAAGUUUUUCGAGACGAUGGAGCGGGCAACGUGGGAAUUCCUCCGGUUGUCUCUGCCAAUUCGGUGUCAGACGAGUUUCAUUGACGAGAGUGACAAGAGCCGGCGGUGGCAGGAGAUCCGCGUGCGACAGCAGAAGUUGAACAUGGAGCGACCCAGGCAUGUUUACUCGCAACCGGAUGCAUCUGCUUCCUAUCACCAGGGAGACAGUGGGGGACCAGUUGUGGCAGGUUCCAGAGGUUCCCCCGUGCUAGUGGCCAUCAACUCCUUUGUCAGACCAGCGACAUCUAACCCUGGCUGCUCAACAUCCAGCAGGAGUUUACUGGAAAUAUCUGCGAGAGUUCGCACAAAUUCUCUUUCAUCCUGGUUUCAGCGAAUGGUUUCCAUUUUACAGCAGUGGAAAGAAACCAGUACACAAACCCCUUUGCCUGCUCCAUGUAGGAUUGACACACCUUCUGUGGGACCUGAAAUCAGCACCUACCUGGAUUGGAUUUCGAGCUCGGAAAAUUAUUUGAGGUCCUUAGGUCAGAAGAAGAAGGAACAAAAAUCAGUGGAUGAGCAUGACUCCAACAGUGCCACUUUAAAUAAGCCAGAAGGCCAAAAGGAGGAAGAAGAAGAAGAACCAGGCACAGAAUCUGAACCCAUUGUCAACAACUUGAAAUCUAAACAUCAGAAGCAGGAAGAAGAAGAAGAAGAAGAUCCAGUUGAUCACCUGAUGGAAGAAGAAGGUGCCAACUCUGACUUUAAAUCCAAAAGUCACAAGAAUGAAGAGGAAGUUUCAGUUCCUGAACCAGAAGUUGAGAAAGCAGAAGAACUGGAGUCUGAAGUGGAUGUUCAAGAAGAAGAUGCAUUAGACAUUGAAACACCCAAGGGCCACAAUUCACACAAAUUGCCAGGAGUUGCGCAAGCAAGGAUCAGUGGGUGCUCGAAAUACUUGGAAGUGUCGUGGGGAAAUGGGGAAGUGGCCAGGUACCCCUGGGUUUGGCUCAGAGACAAUUGCCAAUGCCCGAAGUGCUUCCAGCCGUCGGCCAAGGCCAGGUUACUGGUCAUGAAGGACCUGGACGUGGACUGUUUUCCUUCUGAAGUCAAGUUGGAGGGUUCAGAUGUGAAGGUAACCUGGCAAGACGGGCAUGAGUCCCUGUGGAACCCGGACUGGCUUCAGCAACACAUUUUCGAUGACGAAAAAACAUUGAAAAGUCGAGAAACUUUGCUUAGGAACAAAAGAAUCAUGUGGAAAGAGGAUUUCCAACCCAAAGACAUUCCCAAGGGACAGUUUGGACAAGUGCUGACAUCUGAUGAAAAGUUGUUGGAAUUCUUGGUCAAUCUAGAGGUCCAUGGGAUUCAUCUAUUGGAAAAUGUCCCUCCAAUGGAAGGGAUGAUUCACAAACUUGCUGACAGGGUCGCAUUCCUCAGGGCCACUAAUUAUGGGUGA